AUGUCGCGGACUCUCGCAGACCUGCCUCCCCUCCCAGAGGACGUGCGCAAGUGGCGUAUCCUCCUCCUCGUGAGCGCAGCAAACAGUCUCACCCAGCGCGUCCAAACCUACCUCUCCGACAUUGGAUGUGAGCGCGUCUCAACAGAGCUCGCUCUCACCGACCAAGGCAUGAUCAGCGCCGUGCUGGCCCAUUCGCCACACGUUGUCGUUUGUCCAUUCCUCACAAAGAAGGUUCCAGACGUCAUUUGGGAUAAUGUCUUAACCCUAAUCGUUCACCCAGGCCCUCCCGGCGAUGCUGGACCAGCUGCAAUCGAUUGGGCCAUUAUGGGUGACCGUGGCUUCAACCCAGACUCUGCCGCUGAACUCCCCAACCUGGUUGAACCCACCGACCGUGCAAAGCCACUCCCUGAACGCCAGCGCACGCACUGGGGUAUCACGGUCCUUCAAGCUGAUGAUACGAUGGAUGGUGGACCAGUUUGGGCUUUUGACCAAUUCCCUCUCCCAGAUGUUGCUCGAGCCACCAAGAGCUCCAUUUACCAGGGUCCCGUUACGGCUGCCACCCUUCGCGCCGUAAAUGUCGCCCUGAGCCGCAUCUCCACUGCUUAUUCAAACCUCGCCGACCCCAGUCACCGCGCCACUCGUGUCGCAGUCAAGGUCGACCCCAAGUGGGCUGUCGAGUGCGUGUCGUCCGGCAAGCCGUUCCUCGGUGGCCCCCUCAACGAGCGCCCGCAGAUCCGCCCGGGUCAGCGCCGCCCAGACCUCACCCUACACAAUGCGGCUGACGUCGCCCGCAUCAUCAACUGUGGCGAUUCGCAGCCUGGCGGCACGAUCAAGACGACCAAGUCGUUCAUGUUCGUCUAUGACGCCAAGAUCCACGUCCACUCUGCCGAUCUCCCGACAAACCUCGCAAAGACUCUCGGCUACGCAUCGUUCAAGGAGAUUCCGGCGGGCAAGGCGAUCGCGAAGCGUUCCGGCGCAGUCCUCUUCAAGACUGCACCUUGCGCCCACAAGGAUUGUCAGUUUGGCUGCGGAGUCGCUGUGUGGUUCACCCACGGACGCCUCCCCAAGGCCGCGGCCGCGGCUGCACUCAGCGCCAAGGUCCCAAUGGCCGACGCGCUCGUCGCUGCCGGUGAGGGAGCAAAGCUCCAAGGUGUGCCCGAAUGGACCGAGACCCAGUUCCAGGAGGUCCCCGGCACGUUCCAGCAGGUCUUUGUGCGCACCCUCAAGGAGGGUGACGGCCUCAUCCAGCUCGUUUACUGGGACUUUUACAACGGCGCGAUGAGCACGACUGGCUGCGAACACCUCGUCCGUGCCCUCCGCUGGGCGACGCACGCCGACCGCGGUAACGUCAAGGUCCUCGCGCUCAUGGGCGGCGCGUAUUUCUCUAACGGUGUUGCUCUCAACAUCAUCGAGAGCGCCGACCAUCCUGGCCGCGAGACUUGGGCCAACAUCAACGCGAUCGACGACGUUGUCGAGUUGAUUGCCGGCGAGGUUUCCUCGCAGCCCCGCAGCGAGUUCAUGACUGGCGUUCCCUCGCUCACUGAGAGCGGUAUCGUCACUGUCUCGUGUGUCCGCGGCAACGCUGCUGCCGGCGGUGUCGCUCUCGCGGCUGCUGCUGACAUUGUCGUCUCGGCUGCCUCGGUUGUCCUCAACCCUGCUUACCGCGCCAUGGGCUUGCACGGCUCCGAGUUCCACCUGUACUCGUACGUCGAGCGCUGCGGUCGCGACGUCGCCACCCACCUCGUCAAGGACAUGCUCCCGCUCUCAGCGAUCCGCUCGCGCGAGCUUGGUCUGGUCGACGUCGUUGUCGGCGGUCGCGACACACCCGCCAAGGAGUCUGAGGCCCUCAUGGUAGACUUCCUCCGCAACCUCGCGGCCGCUCCUGCCGCGGCCAUCGGAUCGCGCGACUAUCCCUCGGCGCCAUGGACCAAGACUCUGGCUGGCUCGACAUCGGCUGAGUCUGCGCGCUCACUCGUCGAGCUCCUUGCGGACAACAAGCGUCGCCGCUACGAGAGCCCGAACCACACCCCACUGGUCCACUACCGCCACGAGGAGCUCUCGCAGAUGCUCCUGGACAGCUUCCACCCCCACCGGUCGCAGCGCUACCACUCGCGCCGCAUCAAGUUUGUUCGCAAGGUCAAGGCUGAGGGCACACCCACGCGCUUCAACCACCACCGCCUGCACGUCACCCGCGACGAGGAGGAGCUCGCGACCUUUGAUGACGCUCCUGGAUGGGUCCGUGGCGAGGAGUGGAGCUGGGUUGGUCUCCAGACGCCAGCAUCUAUGGCGACGAGCGAGAACCUCCGCAUCGACUUUGGCGCCAACGUGCCUCCACUCGUGGCCCGGGCUGCAUCCGACACAUCCUCGUCGGGCUCGGAGCAGUCGCACGAGAUCCGCACCGACCCCGGGUCAGGCGACGACUCUGCCAGCGUCGUCAAGCCUGGCUCGACGCCGGUACCGGGCACGCAAGCCAAGGAGUCGCUGCCGCCACCGUCGAGCUUCAAUGUCUCGCCCAAGGGCAAGCGGCCUUCGCUCCUUGGCCGGAUUUUCCGGUCGCGCUCGGACCUGCGCUCCAUGAACAAGAAGCAGAACGGCCAGGACACGCCGCCGUACCGUCGGCCCGAGGUCCCGAACGAGGGCAACACGGAAUCGCCCUGCCUGUUCAACGUGACGAGCGACCUGCCGAACGAGGCAGAGAGCGCGCGCCCGACCGUCACCUCGCAUUAG